AUGUCGGAUUCUGUAGAUCGCGUCUUCGUCCAUGCCCUGAAUACCGUCAAGAGGAUUCCCCGGACGGGGACCGCGCGCCCACCGGCGGCGGAGCGAUUGAAGCUAUAUGGCCUUUACAAACAGAGUAUGGAGGGGGACGUCGAAGGUGUGAUGGAUCGCCCGAUUGGGAAUACCCCGGAAGUGCAUGCGGAGUGUGAAAAGUGGGAUGCCUGGUACGCCCAGCGCGGUCUCUCGCGCACCGAAGCCAAACGCCGCUAUAUUUCAACCUUGAUCGAUACGAUGCAUAAUUACGCCUCCCAGACCCCCGAGGCUCGCGAACUGGUCUCCGAGCUUGAAUUUGUUUGGGAUCAGAUUAAAUAUAAUGCCUCAUCUUCAGCCUCCUCUGGCCCAUUGAACGCCGUCGGCGUCCCGCCCUUAUCACGAUAUCAGGGAAGUGCAUAUGGCAGCAUCGGCGGCCGCUUAGCUCAGUCCUCCCCGUCUUAUGAACGACCAAACUUGCGCGCCAGCGAGGGUCAUGACUCGCGCCUCCGCGUCCUGAGCCCAGUCAGCCAACCCGAGGAAGAAGAGUAUUAUCGGCGGCGGCGCUCCGCAGCCGACGACCAAGACGCGCUCGAAGACGAACAGGGCGAAGACGAGGAUGAGGACGAAGAAUACGAAGAGGCGCGUGACAGCCUCUACGAAGACGUUGACCGCGCCAGCACGGCCGCAGACACGCACACUGGCACUGACCGCACUACCUCGCACGGCGACGACCGCGCUGCUCUUUCCUCCCGCCGCAAAUCAACCACUUCACGCGCCAGUGACGGCACCGACGCCCUAGCCCGCCACGACUCGCACGACCCGGCCAAUCCACGUAAUAGCCGCUGGCGCCGCCGCGUCGAACAGGCGCUCACCAAGAUGACGGCCGAAAUCGCCGCCGUGCGCGAGCAGAUGGAAUCCCGCACGCUGGCGCACCGCCGCCGCUCCGGGGUUUGGGCCUGGUUGAAGUGGAUGCUCUGGGUCGUUGUACGCCAGAUCAUCUGGGACCUGGCCCUUCUCGGCGUGCUCCUGAUUUGGAUGCGCAUGCGGGGCGACCGCCGUGUCGAGGAGCGCUUGCGCGUUGGCUGGUCCGAGGUCAAGGCGCGACUGAGUCGUUUCAAGCUUCUGCGUCGCGUAGGCCAGGCGCCUAUGCUGCCGUAG